UUUGCGCUAACGAACGUCGUGGGGAACGCCAGAAACGAAAGAAAACGACGCUGUAAAUUAUAUUUGAAAUACAAAUUAAAUAAUAAAACAAAAACGUGCCAAGUGUAAUAGACUAACUGUGCAAUAUGCUGAGCACUGCAGUUAACACGCAAAUGACAACGCUGCGCACAAGCGCCGCCGCCGUUGCGUCCUUGGCAAACAACAAAGGACAAAAACUAGAAAGCAAAACGCAACAGGUGCCGCAACAAGUUGCCUCAAACUUAACAGAGAUAAUAACCAAAUUGCAAUUGGACUAUGGCAAUUACAAAUAUACUGUUUAUCGCUGCGCCAGCAAAUUUGUCGCGCUGCAAAAGAUAUUUCACACUAGUAAAAUACCCUAUAAACUAGUGCUGGCCAUAUUGGAACGGCAUGGCAUGCCCGUAAGCAGUGGCAAUAGUAAUUUGAAUUUGAUGGUGCCGCCGUUUCAGCUCACCUCCCUGCUGCAUGACAUAUAUUUCGCCUGCGAGAAACUGGGUCACUUUACUAAAACACAAAACUAUCAACUUGACACGGCUACAGCGCUAUUGGCUAACUUCUUUUGGAAUAUCUACGAUCCGCAACGUCGUCACUCCAUUUCACUACUGGAGAUCAAGGUGACAUUUUUGCUGCUCUGCAAACUUUAUAGCAGCGAGCACAUGGUUGGUGACUUCUACAGCCUGCUGGUGGAUGCCAAAUCACAGUGUGUUUCACGCUAUGCGUUCGAACAGCUUUUACACACGCUCAGUAAGCUGCUUAGCUAUCUCGGCGAAACGAAGGCUUAUGGCCCCCACAAUCUGCAGCCUAUGCUGGAGCAGUCCUUUGCACGUUGUCCACACGGACUCGCCGGCCUUAGCGAACAGCAGUUUCACAACUUAUGGUCGCAUACCCAGACACGAUUUCUUAUCUAUGGCAAUUUGUUGGCACUGAUCAAACGCAUCGAAGAUACGGAACAUUUAAUACACAGCAAUCAGUGCGCCGGCUGUCGCCUGGAACAUAUCAUUGGAAUACGUUUCAAGUGCCAGGUGUGUCGCGAUGUAUCGCUGUGUCUACCCUGCUUUGCCUCGGCCGUGCAUGUGAGCGGCAAGCAUGAGCCUUCGCAUCGCAUGUGCGAAGUCUUUGUCGAGGAUCAGCCGCAACCGAAGCGCUGGACCCACUAUUUGGCACGCCUUUGCGGCUGGUUUGCCUAUACGCAGAAAAGCCAACGCGCCGAUGCAGAGGAAGAGGAGCGACGCGGCUUUUGCAAUGCACAAGAAAGCGCCGCUGGUGUCGGUCAGCCCAACAAUGCUACCGAAUUGGCACCCAUUCCAGCCGAGACGCGCAGCAUUCGCAGCAAUUCGACGCUGCGCAUUAAGGCGUCGCCCAAUGAGAAGCCACAGCUGCAGCAGCAACCACAACAGGAACUCUGUUCCCUAACAGGCCUGGCGAGCAAUGCUUCGGAGCGUCUGCAAUCCAUUAUCGAUCGUGUACUACUACAAAAUGCCAAACUUGAGACGCAACUGCAACUGCUGUCCAGCACAUCCAGUGCUCAAAUAUGUGAAUUUCUGAGCGCUCAUCAAAGUUUCUUGCUGCAAAUAAUUGAGGAUAUGCGUCAGCUAUCGGUGGGUGUUAUAUAUAUAUAUUUUAUAACUUAUAUAACUUAUCAUUUGAUGUGUUUUCAGCGUGCUUCCUCUGCUGCACCGCUGAUCAGCUCCACUUUUCUAAAUGCCAGCACGCCACAACGUGUGCCACCGGCGCCUGCAGCACCAGCUCCAUAUGAUAUGUACGCUCCAGUGGGCGCCAAUUUAACACAUUCAAUCAACGGCGCUGAACUGAAUCGCAGCUACUUGGAGGCCAAUAAGUCGGAUUAUUCGUUGAGCGAUAUUAGUUUGUGGUUCGAUCAGCGGCGUUCGAGCCUGUUGCCCAAAGCUGCUUCCGCCAUGCAGCAGCAACAACAGCAGCAGCUGCCGCUGGGCGCAUUGCUGGAGCAGUCUGUCAAUGUGGAUAUGCGUGAUACGGAAAUGGUUAACUUUAAGCUGCUGCUAAAUAAGGUCAGAGAGAUUGUCGAAGACUCGUACAGCGACAAUGCCGAACUCUCGGCCGCAACACAAAAUCUAGAGAAUGUCCUUGACAAUAUUAUCAAAAGCGAGGAGCAGCAGCGACGCAGCAGUUGCAGUGCUCGAAGCUCACAAAAAUUUUCUGAAAAACUAUAAACUUAGAUAUGUAUAUAUGUUUUUAUAUAUUCUACAAUUCCCAACAAACUUCAUUUGAAGUGCUU